CCGAGGCUGCGGGAACGUUCACUGCCAGCUCCGGGAGGCCUGGAAGCUCUUCAGCUCGCCUAAUAAAGUGUUUAUACUUCCUGUUCCCACGCAAAAACGGCGAGGAAAGGAAGUCGUUUCCGAACCAAAUAAACUUCUUUAUUCAUCAGAAAGCCUAAAAAUAACAAAACAAAUUAGGUAAUUUAAACCGGCGUUUCGCGAGCCGCCUGCCCCUCAGAGGGAGAGCGCAGGCGCGGCCCAUCGAUGACUCGGGGCGCGACUGGCGCCGCCUGCCCGCUCCCAUCCCGGAGCGCUCGCUGCCCCGCGCCGCCCGGAGCCGCCGCCGCCGCCGCCGGGAAGCAGGACGAUGUUUCGCAACCAGUAUGACAAUGAUGUCACGGUUUGGAGCCCGCAGGGCCGAAUUCAUCAGAUAGAAUAUGCCAUGGAAGCGGUGAAACAAGGCUCAGCUACUGUGGGGCUGAAGUCGAAAACACACGCUGUCCUGGUGGCUCUCAAGAGAGCACAGUCUGAGCUGGCAGCUCAUCAGAAAAAAAUCCUGUACGUUGACAACCAUAUUGGUAUCUCAAUUGCUGGACUUACUGCCGAUGCAAGACUCUUGUGCAAUUUCAUGCGUCAAGAGUGUUUGGAUUCUAGAUUUGUGUUUGAUAGACCUCUUCCAGUUUCUCGCCUAGUGUCACUAAUUGGAAGCAAAACCCAGAUUCCAACUCAGCGCUACGGCAGGAGGCCCUAUGGAGUAGGACUGCUCAUCGCAGGCUAUGAUGAUAUGGGCCCUCACAUCUUCCAGACUUGUCCCUCUGCAAACUAUUUUGACUGCAAAGCAAUGUCCAUUGGUGCUCGUUCACAGUCAGCACGAACUUACUUGGAGAGGCACAUGACUGAGUUUACUGACUGUAAUCUAAAUGAGCUAGUUAAACAUGGACUGCGAGCCCUGAGAGAGACUCUUCCUGCUGAACAGGAUCUGACCACCAAGAAUGUUUCAAUUGGAAUUGUGGGCAAAGACAUGGAGUUCACCAUCUAUGAUGAUGAUGAUGUAGCACCAUUCCUAGAAGGUCUUGAGGAGAGACCACAGAGAAAGCCGGUUCCGCCUGUUGAAGAAACCGUGGAGAAGGCAGAGGAGCCGAUGGAGCACUAGUUGGUGGAUGAGUUCCUCUGUUAAUGUAUAAUUAUCCAGGAACAUUUAUCCAUUUGCUGGUAACUUUAUCCUCACCUAUACAUGUUUUCUGACGCUACAUUCUGAGGAUUGCUCAUAAAGAAACCAAGCGACCUACCUAUCCUUAAAAGACAGACAGGAGGACAUCUGGGUGUAACUGCUCGGACAAGAAAGGUGUAAUCAUUUUCUAAAUAGUACAUGAUACUGUUUUAUAAAGAAAAGAUACUGUCUUGAACUCAUAAGGACAAGUGGAAAUAAAUCAGUUUCUCGGA